UAUUUUGCUGUUACAUUACAGCUGAUCAUAAUUUGGUACAAUAAUUAUUUCACUACUUUUCCAAGGAAACACUCUAUUAAUCUGGGGCCAUUAAUACUGUUACCAUGGAAACAAAAUUGAUCAAACCCCAUGAACCAUUUAAAAUUCACCUGCAUCUGAUAUUUCCGAUUGACAAACCCUUUUGCUGUUUGUCAACCUCUUGCCAGUGAAAUUAACUUUUACAAAUUUUUACAAAAUGCCGCCACAGUUGUCGGAUAUAUUAAAAAAACUCGGGUGGGACGAUGGGUUCCAAAUACCCAUUGCCAACGAUGAGAAUAAAGCUCUGGAAGAAGAGCUUGCCAAGUUGAGCCUUAGGAAAACGAAGGGUAAAACUACUUUGGAGAUAGUUUCAGGGAGAUACGAAGCAUUGAGAGACCACUUUAAGUAUGUCACACAGGAAAAUGAACAAACGCAGAAACUCAUCACGGCUCACAAACAACAACUCGAAUGCAUGGAAAACGAGUACCACGUGAUUAAAUCUGAAAAGGAAAAUACCCAGCGAUCUACCAAAGACGUGACCAAUAGAUUGAGAGAUUCAUCAGAAAGACAAAAUUCGAAAAAAUCCGAUCUCCAAAAGGGUGUGAUCAGAGCUGAUCAAUUGAAGGCCGAAAUGGAUUGGGACGCCGAGGCCCUGAAAGCAUGGGAAGAAUCACUGAAAAAGAGAGAUGACGAUAUCGAAUUAUUGAAGAAAUUUUCGAAAGAGGAUGAGAGGAGAUUCAACGAAUUGGAGGCUAAGAGACAGCUGUUGCAAGCGGAACUAGCAGCGAAGAGAGGAAAAAUCGCCAAAAUUUCGGCAAAUGUUAGCAAUUAUGAACUUGUCGUAGAGAGAUCAGGAAAAGUGAUGAAACAGUUGAUGGCCGAAAGAGACGCCCUCAUAUCUCAAUGGAAGGAUACAGUGAAAAUGCUACAGCAAAGAGACAAGGAUAUCAUGAACGCCCAGGACCAGAUAGCCAAUGUGCACGAAAUGAUUCAGCAACAGGCGGAAAAACUAGAAGACGAAAACACCUUUUUGAAAAAUGAACAGCGAAAUAAUCGGGAAUUGGAGAUGGAGACUCAAAGCCUAAACGCAUUGAAUUCGAGAAUGAGAACAGAAUUUGGUGAAUUGACUCAACAUAUGUUAUUGCUUAGUAGCGAGUUACAUACUAUGAAACGAAAUGUAGCUGCCACAGCACAUCAUCUUGAAAACGAAAGGAUUAAAGCCAAGCGUCUAGAUCAAAUGUACUUAGACAAAGAAUCGCUAUCAGCUAAAUAUCACGAAGACAUUGAUAAACUACAGCAGAAAAUGAACGAAAUGAAAGAAUCUACAAUGUCAUCGGAGGAAAGAAUACGAAGAAUUGAGAAACUCAUUGAAAAAGAAGAAAAACUGCAUGACAUUUUCCUGGGGGAUACUGAAAAACUAAACGGUGUUAUGUACCGAAGCGAACAGGUCUUGAAGGAUCUAAAAUCUGUUGGAAAAUUACUUGAAAUUGACAUCAACAAUGUUAAUUGCAAUUGUGUUCAGCUGAGGAAGCAUAUUCAGGCAAAGAAAAAAGAAGUAGAGAAAAUCAAAGAAGUUGUGUAUGAUAUGGAAUUCAGAAUAGAUGAAAAAGAAAAAAAGCUUUACAAGAUAUUGGACGAUUCUAAACUGGAUGAAAUGGCGAACCAUAAAGAUAAAAUAAUACAAGAUCUAGACAAAACCUUAUCAAAUCACAGAGAUGUUCAACAUGUUCUUCAAAAUCAAGUAGACCGUCUACAGGAGGAGAUGAGGAGACUUUCUAACCUCAUAGCUUUCGAUAAAGAGAUUUCUGAGAGUCUUAGGAACAAAUGUGAAAAUCAUCUCCUGGUUUAUGAGAUAGGACAAAAACAAAUGGCAGCUGCCAAAAAAUCUACUCAAGAAAAACAGGUCGAAGAGAAUAUGAUGAGGUUAAGAAUCAGUAGAAUAGAAAUUGACAAGAAAAAAGAAGAGAAACAAAUUUUUACUUUAGAAAAACUAAGACUGAAUCUGGAUCAGGUGAUGAAAGAGAGACAACUUGAGAUAGACACCCAAAAAACAAUAACUCAAACAAAAAAACGAAACCUAGAAGAGGAUAGAGGCAGGCUCAAAUCGGAUAUUGCUUUGAGACGCCUGAAAAUCGAACAAAUCCAAAAAAAAUACCAUAUAGCUCUCGUUGGAUUAGGAAAAGAUGAAGACGGACAAACGCUUUCAGUAACUCAUUUCAAAAUAAAAAAUGCCCAGGAAAAGUUUAUUUUGCAACAACAAGGGGACGAGCUUGAUCAGAAGAUCAAAACUGCGGAAAAGGAAAUUGUCGCUAUGGAGAAUACAUUGAAAUUGAUGAACGUGACUAACACUUCAUUCAAGAAUAGUUUGGCCCCAGUUAAUGAUGAUGAUGAGGAAGUGAAAGAAAUGGAGGUUCUGAAUGAAAAAUAUAAGGAACUUGCAGAUGUGCUGAAGAGUCACAAAAAUGAGUAUGCUACUGCAGAAAAAAAUCUAGAAGAACUGACGGAGAAACUAAACGAAAUCGAACAAAUAAGAUUGAAACAUCUCGAUGUUGUCACAAAUUUAGAAGACGAGAUUAUUUCGGUAAGAAAACAGGAACAGGAAAAAGCCGAGAAACUAACGAGGGUUGAGGGACAAUUAAAAAAAUUGCUGAAGAAAAUUGGGAAGAGAGACAUUUCAAGAUAUAAUCGAGAUUUCGAAAUCAGACAGCUGCAGGAGGUGAAUCGAAAUGUCUUACAGUGUUUAACUCAAUUGACUUCAUCCCAUUCGGAAAUAACACCUCUAUUCAACCGAUACAUAAUGGAAUACAAUAUAGAGUUACCAGAAAAGAGACUUACCCCGAGCAGCAAUUCUUCCGACGUCAUGACUUCAACUCGUUCUUCCAGCCGGAAUCAAAAUUCCGAAAGAUCCGACGGCAGUGCAAAGGAAGCUAUAUCUGUCAGCACUCUCAAUUUGUCCUUGGACUUUUAGUAUAUUGUUUUAUAUUCUUCUUUACAAAAUAGAUUUAAAUUUAUAUUUUGUUGAUUCAUAAAUUCCUUUACAAAUUAAGUGAUCUUUUUGUAAUACCAACACAGGUACCAUGAUACAAUAUUAAAAAAAACAAUUACCAUAGACAUAUUUUAUUAAAAUUCUCAGUCCAUCCCUGGAGGUAAAGGUUCCUCUUGUGGAUGAGGAACUAUAGCAAUAGGUGGAUCCUCCAUAACC